UAUUAUCACAACUUUAAUUUCAUUUUCUUUUCAAAUAUUGCAAUAGAAGAAUUUUGAGUGAGAAGUAGACGUUUCCUCGUUUUUCAGCUGUCUGUCUGUAUGAAUCUUCUGACACACUUUUGUUUUCAAUCUAUCUAAAACACACAUCUUUGUCAGUCUGAAAAAAAGUUGGAUUCUUUGUAAGAAUGAUGAAGAAAUGUAACUGAAUUCAAGGUCAAUUUAAUCCCAACAAUUCAAAAUUAAGUCUUUUUUUUUUCUCCAUGGCGAAGUUUUUUCACGGCGACACAGAAAUGCAAGGAAACGGCGACGUUUUACAAACCCUUAUUCUAAACCAGCACCACCACCUUCCGGCGCCGCCCUCCGCCGCCAACUCUCAGAUUGACUACAGCAGCGGCGGUGUGGCGGCGCGUGAGAUGAAGCGGGGACUCUCCCUGAGCCUCUCCUCGGAUGAGAAGCACGCGGCGGUGCCAGAGAGAGUUAGGGUUUUCGGGGGAGCGGAGAAGGCGGCGCUGAGCUGCAAGUAUUUGAAGGCGGCGCAGCAGCUUCUUGAUGAGGUUGUGAAUGUGAGGAAGGAGGGUGAGAAGGGUGGGGAAUCAGGUAGAGAGGAUGAUGGGAAGCUGAGGAAUGAUGCGGAGGCGGUGGCCGGAGACGGCUGUGGUAAAGGUGGGGCUGAGCUUACUACGGCGGAGAAACAAGAAAUUCAGAUGAAGAGAGCCAAGCUUGUUGAUAUGCUCCAUGAGGUUGAGCAAAAGUACAAGCAAUACGAAGAGCAAAUGCAGAAGGUGAUAAGUUGGUUGGAGGAAGCAGCCGGCGUGGGAUGUGCCAAAACCUACACUGCUUCGCCACUGGAAACAAUCUCAAAGCAGUUCCGCUCCCUCAAAGAUGCAAUAAUGCAGCAAAUCCGACGUCGAACCACUAACUCAGGGCCGAAAAUGGAGGCGUCCACCUUCCAAAUCAACAGUCCAUGGCGACCUCAGAGAGGCUUGCCCGAGAAAUCUGUCUGCGUUCUUCGCGCUUGGCUCUUCCAACACUUCCUCCACCCUUAUCCUAAAGAUUCGGACAAGGUCAUGCUUGCCAAGCAGGCAGGACUUACUAGAAGUCAGGUGUCUAACUGGUUCAUCAACGCCCGCGUUCGCCUCUGGAAGCCGAUGGUGGAGGAGAUGUACGCGGAGGAGAUGAAGGCCCAGCAGCAGACACCCAAGAUUGAGCACGAAAACGAGGGUUUGGUGGACGAAAACAUAAGUUCGAACGCCAACAACAGCGCGGGAUUCAGCCUCAUCGGAUCAUCAGAAAUGGACAGCGUCGCCACAGAGUGGAUGAGGAGCUCAAAGAAACCGCGAAAUGCUGAAGUGUCGCGUUCCCCAUUGAUGAUUGUGUCUGAAGUGGAGAGCCAACACGUUACUACCAUAACUGGGACGCCUGCGAAUUUCUUCGGAUUGUAUGAUCCGAUUGUGGGGAUCGAGCAGUUCCAACAACCCUAUUCGAGGAACGGUGUGUCGCUCACGUUGGGGCUCCAGCAUUGUGAGAGCCUCUCCAACCAAAGCUUUAUCUCCAGCAGAAGCGUUGAGGCUUCUGCUCAAGGGAAUGAUUUUGUUUAUUACUAGCAAUAUAGGGAAAAAGGAGUUGAUGCAUUAUGGUUAGUAGUAUAUUUCUUGAUUGGGGGUUUGUAUAGUGAUUUUGUUGAGACCAGAUGUAUUGUUGGGUGGUAUAGAAGAAUAAAUAAUGGUUUUAUGGAA